AUGCCUAGUCGGCCCUCGGUUGUUGCAUUCUCUGCGUUAUCGAGCAGAAAGGACGAUUGCGCCGCUACGAUGAAGCUCGUGAGAUUUUUGAUGAAAUUGAGUCAUGAAACUGUAACCAUUGAAUUGAAGAAUGGAACACAGGUCCAUGGAACAAUCACAGGUGUAGAUGUCAGCAUGAAUACGCAUCUUAAAUCUGUGAAGAUGACCGUGAAGAACAGAGAACCUGUACAGCUGGAAACGCUGAGUAUUCGAGGAAAUAACAUUUGCUAUUUUAUUCUACUGGACAGUUUACCUCUGGAUACACUACUUGUGGAUGUUGAACCCAAGGUGAAAUCUAAGAAGAGGGAAACUGUUGCAGGAAGAGGCCGAAGCCAGGGUAGAGGAAGAAGACAUGGCCGUGGCAGAGGAAGAGGGGGUCCCAGGCGACAAUGUCUCUCAAGAUUACUGUUUCAGAGUGAUGAGUGAUUCGGGAUUUCUUUUGUACAGGCUUUGUUUGUUUAUGUCACUUUUUAAUA